AUGAACUCCCUCCUCGCCUUCGCUGUGCUGUUUGCUUGGGGUUUGUCCCUGGCUCACGGGGACCUCUGGCAGCUGCAGAAGAUGAUCACGAAGGCAACGGGGAAAAAUGCUUUGCUGCAUUACUCCUUCUACGGCUGCUACUGUGGCUUGGGGGGCAAGGGGCAGCCCAAGGAUGCCACGGACAGAUGCUGCCAGGUGCAUGAUGCCUGCUACGACAGCCUCCUGAGCUACGGCUGUGAUGCCAAGAAGCAGAACUACCGCUACAGCUGGCACGACAGCAGCCUCGUCUGCCCUAGACAGGAUCCCUGGUGCUCCCAGCUCUCCUGCGAGUGCGACCGCAGCCUGGCGCUCUGCCUGAAGAGAAGCAAACACAGCUACAGCAAACGUUACCUCUUCUACCUCAAGCACCGCUGCCGGUGA